AUGCAGUUCCUUGAACUAGCACCCGAGUUGGUCCACCAGAUUUUGCUCGAAGCUGUCCUUACUCGUGGAGUCCAAAGGUCUUUAACAUUGAGACUUGUAUGCAAGCGAUUUUCUCAAGACGUGCAAUUCGCGCUAUUCGAAUCUUACCUUCUGGACGAUCACAGCACUUCAGGAUCCUUGUCCUCGUGGCAUAUCAAUAGAGAUAGACGGGCGAGCACAUUUUGGCACUCCUACCUUGUAUACAGAGUCCAAUAUAACUCCCAUUCCUACCCACCCCACUUUCGCCACAUCCGCAGACUUGUCGAAACUAUCUGCGCGGAAACGGGCGAUGACGUGGAAACCACAAUAAAAAAGCUUUGCUGGCCGAUUUUAGGAAGAUUAGCAGACUGUGUCUAUUCCAAUUUGAUGAUUCUCAACUUCGAAGCUGAUCUUUUACGUGCUGCAACGUAUCUCAAUGUCAUCCCUGUAGUAAAACCUUUACUUCAAGGAGGAUACCCGCCACGUACUGGGCGCGAUAUCUUCAACUCACCUAUGACAUUAGCUGCAUGGGUAGGAAAUAAGGAUUCGCUAGAGUAUUUGCAAAAGAUGGUGUUUGAGACUCAAUCAAUUUCCUAUCUAGAAGACGAUCCAUUCAGCUCGAUUAUAGGGGCUGCGACGAGCGGAGACAUAGUGAUGUCAACUUUCGAUAAUACGAGAUUCAUAGACGGGCCAUUUGUUCUGGAAGAUUCAAUUGCUGGGCGGUCUCUUCUCAGAGCGCAAAUAUCCACAGGAGAUCUUGAAAUGUAUAAACAUCUUGGAGGGUUUUUUCCAAAACCUACCAAUAGGCCCACCGCAUAUCAUCUAAUGUUGCAUAUUCGUUUAGGAAAUCUCAAGAUAGUGAAGUAUAUCCUCGAUACAACAGGAACGUUUUUUGGGGGGGCUCAAAGCGCUAGCGGAGCAAAGAGUCAAGAUAUGAUUGAUCUUUUACUUGAAUACGGUUUCGAUGUACAGAAAUCGGAAUGGCUAGGAGAUAAACCUAUAUCCAAAGAAGCCUAG